GCCUAGAAGUUUCAGCAGUGGCAUACUGAUUUAAUUUUACUGUUUAUCCCCCCAGUAUUCUGUCUUCUUUGGAUAUCAAGGAUCUUUAUUUUUGAGAUUAUUCUGACCUUCAUAAUAAAUAAAUCAGGUAUUUAGGAAAAUGCUCUCUACUGCCUUAAUUAUAGCACAUCACUUUUUUUUUUCCUGACAUGUCUAAUUCCUGAUUGAUUCAAUAGUACUGCUUCUUAGGGUUUAAUAAUAACUUAACUCCCACUUAACUACUUUGUAAGAAGACUGCAAGAAGACCAGAGUGCAGUGGCAUAGUUAUAGUUCACUACAGCCUUAAACUCCUGGGCUCAAGGGAUCUUCCUGCCUCAGCCUCCUGAGUAGCUGACACUACAGAUAUGUGCCACUGCACCUGGCUAAUUUUUAAAAUAUUUUUGUAGAGAUGGGGUCUUGUUAUGUUGCCCAGGCUGGUCUCAAACUCUUGGCCUCAAACAGCCCUCCUGCCUUGGCCUCCCAAAGCUCUGGGAUUAUAGGUGUGAGCCACCAUGCCUGGUUAAGGGUGCUCUUUUAGAGAUCCCAGACCUUAUCCCAGUAUCCCCACCUUGUUAUUUCAAUUUGAAGAAUCAAGAUAUAAAAUUUUAUUUUCAUGUGAAAGCCACUCUGAGCUUUUGGUCAUUUUAUUUGUCCUCUGGACCUUUUCUAGCUGCAUUGUCUUCCUUGAGGUAUGGCGGCAAGAAGUGAAUGCAGUAUUCCUGGUGUGGCUGCACUGUGAUUUUGUACAAGUCCAUGUUUCCUGAGAGACUGGGAGUUGCAAGUGCAUUUCAAAAUUCAUGGACAAGGAAAGAAGAAUCUGCAUGGGGAUGGCUUGGCAAUCUGGUACACAAAGGAUCGAAUGCAGCCAGGGCCUGUGUUUGGAAACAUGGACAAAUUUGUGGGGCUGGGAGUAUUUGUAGACACAUACCCCAAUGAGGAGAAACAGCAAGAGGCCCAGAAGAGGCGAUAUUCUCCAGGAGUCCAGCGAGUAUUCCCCUACAUCUCAGCCAUGGUGAACAACGGCUCCCUCAGCUAUGAUCAUGAGCGGGAUGGGCGGCCUACAGAGCUGGGAGGCUGCACGGCCAUUGUCCGCAAUCUUCAUUAUGACACCUUCCUUGUGAUUCGCUAUGUCAAGAGGCAUUUGACGAUAAUGAUGGAUAUUGAUGGCAAGCAUGAGUGGAGGGACUGUAUUGAAGUGCCCGGAGUCCGCCUGCCCCGCGGCUACUACUUUGGCACUUCCUCUAUCACUGGGGAUCUCUCAGAUAAUCAUGAUGUCAUUUCCCUGAAGUUGUUUGAGCUGACAGUGGAGAGAACCCCAGAAGAGGAGAAGCUCCAUCGAGAUGUGUUCUUGCCCUCAGUGGACAAUAUGAAACUGCCUGAGAUGACAGCUCCACUGCCACCCCUGAGUGGCCUGGCUCUCUUCCUCAUCGUCUUUUUCUCUCUGGUAUUUUCUGUAUUUGCCAUAGUCAUUGGUAUCAUACUCUACAACAAAUGGCAGGAACAGAGCCGAAAGCGCUUCUACUGAGCCCUCCUGCUGCCACCACUUCUGUGACUGUCACCCAUGAGGUAUGGAAGGAGCAGGCACUGGCCUGAGCACACAGCUGGAGGGUGUUCUCAUCUCUAGCAGCUGGUCGGGGACUAUAUUCUGUCACUGGAGUUUUGAAUGCAGGGACCCCACAUUCCCAUGGUCAUGCAUGGGGACAUCUAACUCUGGUGUGGGAAGCCACCCACUCCAGGGCAAUGCUCUGUGAUGUGCCUUUCCCUGCAGUACUUCCAUGAGGGAACAAAGAGGCGUGGAGAUAAUUUAUACCGUUGUGAUGCCAAAAUCACAGAACAGAAUUGCAUAGCCCAGGCUGCCUAGUUGUUUGGCUCGGAGGGCCCUUCUACUUCAUUUUUGAAUCCACAAAGAAUUGAAAACUGGUAACACCACAUACCUUCUGGCCAUCAUUCACUGGGUUUUGCAUUUUACCCAAGCCUCUGCCUACCUGAGGAGCUUUCUUUGGAAACCAGGAUGGAAACUUCUUCCCUGCCUGGCCCUUCUUUCUCACUCCAUUCAUUGUCCUCUCUAUGUGCAACCUGAGCUGGGAAAGACAUUUGGAUGCCUCUCUGUUGAGGCCUGGGGUUGCAGAGUGCACGUAGGUUUCAUUGGCCUUCAUUAGGUGGCCCUAGGGAGAGGUCUUUCUGCUUUGGAUCACUGUUCCAGCUUCUGUUCUCUAGCAUGAGUCUUGGGUCUAUUGGUGUAUCCAUGGCCUUCCCAAUCAAGUCUCUUCAGGUCCUCAGUCAAGUUUGGCUAAAAGUUGGUAUAAAAAUCAAGAGAAGCCUGGAAGACAUCAUGGAUGCCAUGGAUUAACUGUGAAACUGACCAGCUCCAGGUUUGAUAUCAAAAGCAACAUCUGUCAUGUGGAGAUGUUUCUGGACUUGCUAGAGCCUGCUUAGCUGCAUGGUUUAUAGUUACGAUUUUUGGAAUCCCACUUUGAGUAUUGAAAGUAUAAGAAAGCUUUCUUCUUAUAUCCUGGGCUUGGAUACUGUCCAAAGAAGAAAUCUGGCUUUUUUUUUUUUCUUAAUGGACAAGAAAUAGUUGCUGUUUUCAUGUUCCAAGUCUGGGAGCAACAAACCCUCGUCAUCUGUGCCUGGAAGAGUUCAUUGUCAUUGAGCAGCACAGCUUGAGUGCUGUCUUCUGUGUGUCAACCCUUAUUCCACUGCCUUAUCUGACAAGGGGUUACAUGCUGCUCACCUUUCUGCCCAGGGAUUAAAUUGGUUACAGGACAGAGUCUCCUUGGAGUAGCUGGAACUCUCAGUCCUCCUAUGGACCUCUGUAGCCUAAAUGAAAUUCUCAAAAUCGCUGAUGGAACCAAA